AUGUAUUUUUUUCAGCUAACACGCUCAGACCUCCAGUUUCCUGAACUUUAUGUUGAGAUGUUUCAAUUGGCGGAUGACGCUGCAGCCCUUGUUUCUGCGGCGGCUGCAGUUGCUACAGCUGCCUCUGCCUUAGCGACCACAGUCCCCAGCGCCUUGUUGACUGUCCAUCCAGCUUCCGCUUCUACCACCUCCAUUUCUGUUGCACAUCCCAUCUGCGACCAUCAUGGUGACUCGGUAGUCGCAGACUUAUCAUACUCUUGCCAUUCUUCUGUAGCCGAUAAAGAAUUUAGCUGCAUGGCGGCUGCAGCAGCAGCAGUUAAGCAAGUAAAUCGAAGCGACUGCUUUGCGUCGGCGGGAAAGGAAAUUGUUAAUCUUUCCGAGCCUUGUAUUGAUGGUAUCGGACUAAUGGCUAAGGAUAGAGGCGGAUCAAGCCAAGACAACAAUAUGGUCUCCUUUCGACGAGCGGUUGAUGUUUCAUCAAUUUUUGUCACCUCUUCCUCAUCUAAUUACCCUUCCUCGUCCUCUUCUAUCUCCCAUUCCUCUUCAUCAUCUUCUACUCUUUCUUCUUCCUUCUCUUCUUCCAACCCUUGUUCCUCAACAUCCUUGUCCUUUACAUCCUUCGCUCCAUCUACCACAGUCUCUGCUUCUUCACUUGUUGUUCCUGGGCUAGUUAAUAGUUCGGGAGUAUCGCCAGUCCUUGGCACCAACUAUCUUGCUCCACCUCGUUCAAGAUUUUCCACAGCUGCGGCGGCUAUGGCAGCUGGGCUGAUGCCGUUUUCUUGCACCGGUGCUAGUAUUAGUGAUGGUGUUCCUUCUGUGACUAGUGGCCUUUUUGAACCUCAGGGAAUCAGUAGCAGAGGGCGAGCAGCUGCACCCGGUGGGCAUUUGCCAUUCACUUUUAAUUUCAUUUUUCCCCUUCCCCCAUCCUAG